AUGAAUGAGCCUGUCUUUGGCAUUUACAUCCGCGGUGUGAAGCACAAUGCUGUGACAUCUCCAUCUAUGAUGAAGACUGUUUUCUCUGCCAAAGCUGCCACGCCACGCAACCAGGUGCUCGGUCAGGCUCUGCAAAACGUCUUUGGCGACCGCAGCCUAAUCCAAAAAAUGGAUUUGGAUCGUAACCAAGGAGUUAGCGACAAGGCUUCUACCAUUCUCAACGAAGAGGAUUUUGUCACUGAAGCUUCGGCUACUAUUACCCGUUUGGUGCAGCGUGACAUGUCGAACCUGGUGAGCUUCUGCCGGAGCAUUGUUGACCAAUGCCCCUGGAGCGUGGAAUGA